CGCUAAUGCUACGACGAUCCGACGCGAUCGCGCAGCGUCGCCGCGGGCGCAAUAAGGCGGUCGCGGCGGUCGCCAAGGGCAGAGGCAGACUGUGUGCUGAGAGAGAGAGAGACAGAGACCGAGCGGGCAGGGCAGGGCAGUGCGAUCGCGAACCAAAACCACCACCGGUUUUCAGUUGCUAUUUCCCGGCCUUUUCUCCCCUUCACUCACUAACGUUUACCUUGCCUCUAGUCUCCCGCCCGCGGCCGCGGGGGUGCUCCUAUUCUUAGCCUGACGCGCCUAGCGGGCCGGGGGGGCGCGCGCGCGCACGCACACGGUUCCAUGGCCGCGGCCGCCGCGACGACGACAACGUCCACCACCUGCUCGUCCUCGUCCACGUCCACCAGCCCCGGCCCGCACCGCAGGCGCCAGCCCGGCAACGACAUCGAGCGCGACGACGACUCCUCUUCCUGCUCCUGCUCCUGCUGCGGCGGAGGCGGCGCCGAUCACCACCACCACUUCCUCCACGCCUGCGCGCACGACGACGCCGAGUGCGGCGGCCUCCACGGGCACGCCGCCGCCACGCCCUGCGGCAGCAGCAGCAGCAGCGGGAGGGCGCUGCUGUUGGCGCGGAGGAAGCGAUCGACGACAGGCGCGCCGCCCGGCCGGCGGACGGCCUGGAUGAGGGGCAUCGUGCUCUGCCUCCUCGGCCUCGUCGCGGUCAUCGGGUUCCUCGGCUCGCACCGGGGCGGCGGCGCACGACGCGCGGCCACGGGCGAUGGCGCCGACGACGGCGGCGGGAGGCUCUUGCACAGGGUGGAGGUCGCCGCCGACGCCGACGUCAUGGAGUGGACGGAGGAGAACUUGACGGCCCUUGCGCGCCGCUCGCCUGAGCCGCCGAUACCUGAUAUAUGGAUGAAACCAGACAGUGAGGGUUACAGCCAGUGCAUUGAACGGCCGAAGAAUCACCACAGGAAAAACAACGCAACUGUCGGUUACCUGAUCGUUGAUGCAAACGGUGGCCUGAACCAGAUGAGAAUGGGAAUAAGUGAUAUGGUUGCAGUGGCGAAGAUCAUGAACGCAUCGCUGGUGAUCCCUACUCUGGAUCAUCAGUCAUUCUGGACCGACCCAAGCGAUUUCAAAGAUAUAUUCGACGUUGAUCACUUCAAGGAGUCACUGAAGGAAGACAUUGUGAUCGUGGAUUCCCUCCCACCAGAUUACAGAAGGGUGAAGCCGUACGUGAGAGCACCCACCUCCUGGUCCAGGGCUUCCUUCUACAGAGACUUUUCGAAGAUCCUGAGGAGGUUCAAAGUGGUGAGGUUUACGCACACGGAUUCACGGAUCGUGAACAACGGCCUCACUCCUUCUCUGCAAAAACUCCGGUGCCGCGCGAAUUACAAGGCGCUCCAGUACAGGAAGGAGAUCGAAGAGCUCGGCAACACUCUGGUUGAUCGGCUGAGAAAUGGGUCCGAGCAUUACAUCGCGCUUCACCUGAGAUACGAGAAGGACAUGCUGGCCUUCACCGGUUGCAACCACAACCUGACGCUGUAUGAGGCAGCGGAGCUGACGGACAUGCGGUUCAAGGUGCGGCACUGGAAGGAGAAGGACAUCAACAGCGAGGAGAAGCGGGUGCAGGGCGGGUGCCCCAUGACGCCCCGCGAGGCGGCCGUGUUCCUCAAGGCCAUGGGGUACCCCUCCACCACCAAGAUCUACAUCGUGGCCGGCGAGAUCUACGGGGCGCACAGCCUGGACGCGCUCAAGGCCGAGUACCCCAACAUCUACACGCACUACAGCCUCGCCACGGUGGACGAGCUGGAGCCGCUGGAGCUGUACCAGAACAGGCUCGCCGCCGUCGACUACAUCGUGGCCCUGCAGAGCGAUGUGUUCGUCUACACGUACGACGGCAACAUGGCAAGGGCCGUGCAAGGGCACAGGAGAUUUGAAGGCUUCAGAAAAACCAUAAACCCUGACAGGCUGAAGUUUGUGGAGCUUAUUGACAAGCUGGAUGAAGGUUCUAUGUCCUGGAGUGAGUUCCAGAUUGUGGUGAGGAAGCACCAUGAGAAUAGGCUCGGAGGUCCGUAUGAGAGAUUGCGCGGUGCAAGUCCAAGGCAGGAGGAAUACUUCUACUCAAAUCCAAUCCCCGGCUGCCUCUGCAAAAGGGUUGAGAGUAGUAGAUGAUAUGGAUUCAAUUGGAAUUGUUCAGUCUUAGAAACAUACCGCGACAGCUUCAGCAGCUGGAGCAUGGAUGGAGAUGAACCUUCCUCCGCAUGACAGGGAUCGCUCGGCAGAGGGAGAGCUAGCAAACUGACUGAUACUAGCAGUUUCGAUUAUUUUCCUAGGCUGACAGACAACACAUGCAGCUGAGGUCUGUAGAGGGCAGGGUGCAGAAUGUGAGAAGUUACAGAUUUGUAAAAAAAGCAAGGAAUGCAGAUGCAAGUAAUAGGAUUGAGUCUGGAUGGAAAAAUGUUUCACGGUGGCUGCUGUUUGUAGUUCUUGGUGUCUCCGAUUAAUUCGGUUUGGAAGGUACCAUACCUUUGGAUGGAUUCAUCAUUACCUCUUCUUCUUAAGAAUAAUGUAUAAUGCUCUCUUUGUAGGCCUGUUGAACCAGAUGUGUACAUAGUAAAGAAUGAACCACUGAUAGUGUUGGAGUAGUUUAGUUCCCACGAAAAAUCCAUGUAAUUCUGUCUAAGAACCUGUCUGCUAAGAAAAAGACCAAGAUCUGGCUGGCUUUUGGUAGCGGACCAGAUUUUUUUUUUGAAAA